CUGGGUGUGUAUCUGUGUGUGUAUCGUUGUGUGAGAGAUCAGUUGCAGUUCUUUUUUGAUGUAUGCAUGGGGGGAGUAUGAGGAAGUCGUGGUGUGAGAGCUUGCCGGAGUUUGAUUUGCUUCACUGAGACAGUGACAGUUUGGUUAAAUGGUCUGCUGAUGAUGGAGACCUGCUGACUGCUGGUGUUUGUUGGAUUUUUUUCCCAUGCACAAACACACACAGCUACACACGCACACACACGCGUACCGUUCCGUCCAUAGGGAGGACCCUUAGGGGUGCGGAAGAGGAAAGUCUACAGGGGACCACCUCAAUCCUGGCACAAUGGCCAGUAAAUACCACUGGCAGAGUCAGAAUGUCAAGCAGAGCGGAGUGGAUGAUAUGGUGCUCCUGUCCAAGAUCACUGAGGACGCCAUCGUGGAGAACCUCAAGAAGAGAUACAUGGACGACUACAUCUUUACCUACAUUGGAUCUGUGUUGAUAUCAGUCAAUCCAUUCAAGCAGAUGCCGUAUUUUACUGACCGUGAGAUCGAGCUUUACCAAGGAGCCGCCCAGUAUGAAAAUCCUCCUCACAUCUAUGCUCUAACAGACAACAUGUACAGAAACAUGAUGAUCGACAGUGAGAAUCAGUGUGUCAUUAUCAGUGGAGAAAGUGGAGCAGGGAAGACGGUGGCAGCUAAAUACAUCAUGGGCUACAUUUCCAAAGUGUCUGGUGGUGGACCCAAAGUUCAGCAUGUGAAAGACAUCAUCCUGCAGUCUAACCCUCUGCUGGAGGCCUUUGGCAACGCCAAGACUGUCCGUAACAACAACUCCAGCCGAUUUGGAAAAUACUUUGAGAUCCAGUUCAGCCGAGGAGGAGAACCUGACGGAGGCAAAAUUUCCAACUUCCUGCUGGAGAAAUCUCGAGUCGUGAGCCAGAACGAGAACGAGAGGAACUUCCACGUUUUCUACCAGGUGAUCGAGGGCUCAUCGGCUCAGCAGAAAGAAGCUCUGGGGAUCAUGACUCCUGACUACUACAACUUCUUGAACCAGUCAGGCACCUACAAAGUGGACGGCACCAAUGACAGCAAAGAUUUUCAGGAGACGAUGGAAGCCAUGCAGGUGAUCGGCAUUCCAGGAGACUGUCAGACGCAGGGCCUGCAGAUAGUGGCGGGAAUUUUACACCUGGGCAACAUCAGCUUCAUUGAGGCUGGCAACUACAGCCAAGUGGAAAGCACAGACUUGUUGGCUUUUCCUGCGUACCUGCUGGGUAUCGAUCAGAGCCGACUCCAGGAGAAGCUGACCAGCCGGAAGAUGGACUCCAAGUGGGGCGGCAAGUCCGAGUCCAUCAACGUGACCCUGAACCAGGAGCAGGCCUGCUACACCCGCGACGCCCUGGCCAAGGCCCUCUACGCCCGACUCUUCGACUACCUGGUGGAGGCCAUAAAUAAAGCCAUGCAGAAGCCUAUUGAGGAAUUCAGCAUUGGAGUGCUAGAUAUUUAUGGAUUUGAGAUUUUUCAGAGGAAUGGCUUUGAGCAGUUCUGUAUAAACUUUGUAAAUGAAAAGCUGCAGCAGAUCUUUAUCGAGCUGACUCUAAAGGCAGAGCAGGAAGAAUAUGUUCAGGAGGGGAUCAAGUGGACGCCUAUCGAAUACUUCAAUAAUAAAAUAGUGUGUGACCUCAUUGAAAAUAAACUGAACCCUCCAGGUAUAAUGAGUGUGCUGGAUGACGUUUGUGCCACCAUGCACGCCACGAGUGACGGGGCAGACGAUAAACUACUGCAGAAGCUGCAGGCGGCAGUGGGAACUCAUGAACACUUCAACAGCUGGAACUCAGGCUUUGUUAUCCAUCACUAUGCAGGCAAGGUCUCAUAUGACAUCAAUGGCUUUUGUGAAAGAAACCGAGACGUUCUUUUUCCUGACCUCAUUGAGCUGAUGCAGAGCAGCGAGCAUUCCUUCAUCCGCAGCCUCUUCCCUGAAAACCUCAACACUGACAAGAAAGGAAGACCCACCACAGCUGGAAGUAAGAUCAAAAGGCAGGCUAAUGAACUGGUGGACACACUGAUGAAAUGUACUCCUCACUAUAUCCGCUGCAUCAAACCCAACGAGACCAAGAGACCCAGAGACUGGGAGGAGAGCCGGGCGAAACAUCAGGUGGAAUAUUUGGGUCUAAAGGAGAACAUCCGAGUACGCCGUGCCGGCUUCGCCUUCCGCAGGAUUUUCCAGAAGUUUCUACAGAGGUACGCCAUCCUGACUCCAGAAACGUACCCAUACUGGCGCGGACAGGAACAGCAGGGGGUCCUGCAUCUCCUGCGCUCUGUGAACAUGGACACGGACCAGUACCAGUUGGGCCGAACCAAAGUCUUUGUGAAGAACCCAGAGUCGCUGUUUCUGCUGGAGGAGAUGAGGGAGAGAAAGUUCGACACGUUUGCUAGAACCAUUCAGAAGGCCUGGAGGAAGUACAUCGCCAGGAGGAAGUACGAACAGAUGAGAGAGGAGGCCUCGGAUAUUCUCUACAACUCUAAGGAGCGGCGCAGGAACAGCAUUAAUAGGAACUUUGUUGGUGAUUAUCUGGGAAUGGAGGAACGACCUGAACUGCGUCAGUUUCUGGCCAAGAGAGAGCGAGUGGAUUUUGCAGACUCUGUCAACAAGUACGACCGCAGGUUUAAGUCAAUCAAGAGGGAUCUGAUCCUGACGCCCAAAGGCAUCUACCUGAUUGGUCGUGAGAAGAUAAAGAAGGGUCCAGAAAAAGGACAGAUCAAAGAAGUGCUGAAGAGAAAGCUGGACAUCGGGAGCAUACGCUCGGUUUCGCUGAGCACAAGACAAGACGACUUCUUCGUCCUCCACGAGGCUCAAUACGACAGCCUGCUGGAGUCCAUGUUUAAGACGGAGUUCCUGAGUCUGCUGUGUAAACGCUUUGAAGAGCAGACCAAGAGCAAGCUACCCCUGAGCUUCAAUGACAGGCUGGAGUUCCGUCUAAAGAAGGAAGGUUGGGGUGGUGGAGGAACACGGACACUGAUGUUCCAGAGGGGACAGGGAGACACGGUCCAGGUCAAACCCGGAGGGAAGACCCUCACCAUCUCUAUAGGAGACGGAAUGCCGAAGACCUCCAAACCAUCCAGAAAGAGUGCUCAGCCAACCCAAGGAGGCAGAAGUCAGGCUCCCAAUAGAGGUUACCAGAACGGAGCGGCCCAGUUCUCCCGUGGACCCUCUCGACCGCAGGAGCAGAUGUAUUCAACCCCAGAAAAGCGCACACGGCCGCCCAGCGCCGCCCUGCCCAAACUGGGCUCGCAAAAGGGCCGGAGGGGUGGACCUGCACCCCAAACACAAACACAGACCUCUAACCUGGACUUCCUCAACGUACCUGAACAGGGCAUGUCAGGAAUGCAGAGGAAGAGGAGCAUCAGCCAGCGUCCCCCGCCGGCCCCCAGCAGCCGGCCCAAAGCUCAGCCUCGCUCUCAGGGCCCUCGCUGCCGGUCACUGUAUCAGUACGUGGGCCAGGAUGUGGAUGAGCUCAGUUUCGAGGCCAAUGAGGUCAUAGAUCUGAUUAAAGAAGAUCCGUCCGGAUGGUGGACGGGCCGACUGCGUGGGAAAGAGGGUUUAUUCCCAGGGAAUUACGUGGAGAAAAUCUGAGACACUUUCUCUUCCUGCUCUAAAGUAGAUCUCCGCAGCUCUGAAUGCUCUGAAUGUGACCUUUUGACCUCUAAACCUCUCAGGACACCCACAUGGACGGUAAUGAUGAGUCAAAGGGGUCAUUCAGGGCCAAAGACAAUAUCUAAAGGGGAAGAGUUAUUGACGGUGAAAUUGUAACAUAUGUAGAGUUCAUUUUCUCAACACACAAGCAUUUUUACAGUUUUUUUUUUUUUUUUACACAAAUAACGAUGGGGUGCACAACAGUUUAUCAGUAUUAUGAACAGUUUAUCAGUAUUAUGAACAGUUUAUCAGUAUUAUGAACAGUUUAUCAGUAUUAUGGCUGGCAGUCUGGGUUAAACCCUAAACCCUGCAGAGAUGCUGAACUAACACACAACAACCACACGAUGGCACUGUUCUCAUUACAGGUUACAUUACAGUAUUUUUUUGCACAGCAGACGUUAUGCACAGUUAUGCAGUCUUGAGUGAAUGAAAGGGUAAAUGUUUGUGUUUGUAAGUUGAAAUAAUAUCCUCAUAAUUUCCUCUGAAAUAUAUUUAGUUAAUGAGUUUUUAUUUUUAAUCUAAUGAAGCCGGUGCAGGUGUGUACCUCUGUUCUGUCUAUGUGUGCACAAAAAACUGCAGCUGAUUGAUUGAUUGAUAGAUUUGAUUUAUAUAUACACGGCAUGCCUUUGAAAGUAUUAACUAACAGUUUUGAGGUAGGUGGCUGCACAUGUCUAAUGCUUUUGCCUUAAAAGUGUACGGACUGGAAGUGUACACGAUCAAGGCUUAUUUUUGAGUAAAUAUGUGAAUAAAAGUGAUUCCUCCCCCAAA